AACAGUGCUUCCAAGUGCAUGAUCGGGCACACGUCGGCGUCAAUCCCUCUCCUUCCAUUUCAAGGCCACCCCGUAGCUUCCACCAGGUUGACCAGCUCCAAGCCUCCUCCAACUCCAAGGAGGAGAGAAGACGGCACAAGCAAGCCGUCAACACACGGAUCAAAAACGAGAGCUUAAGAAGAGGUCGCCGAGGGGGAUCAAGAUUCAAGAAGCGGAGCCGUAGGCUGUGGAGGAGAAGAGGGGAUGGACGUGAAGCGGUCGCGGAGCCCUCGGGCUCCGCCCGGCGGCGACGACGACAAGAAGCGCGCCGCCGCCGCCGGGUGGCGCGGCUCCGGCGUCCGCCCGGAGAUGGUGCUGGUCGGCUUCCUCCUCACGCUGCCCCUCCUCUUCCUCGUCUUCGGCGGCCGAUGGGGCAGCAGCAGCAGCGCCUUCCCCUCGCCCUCCUCGUCUUCUACGCCUGUCGUCUCCCGCCACGUCGCCGCCGGCGACCGCGGCGCGACGCCUCAGAGCCAGAGACCAGAAGCCGUUACACCCAAAAACCUCUCUGCAUCAUCUCCGUCCCCGGACAAGCUUCUGGGAGGACUGCUCUCGUCGGCAUUCGACGAAUCCUCCUGCCAGAGCCGCUACAAAUCGAACCUCUACCGGAAGCCAUCCCCGUUCCCGCUCUCCCCCUACCUCGCGCAGAAGCUGCGCAAGUACGAGGCCUACCACAAGAAGUGCGGGCCGAGGACCAAGCGCUACCGGCGCGCCAUCAAGCAGCUCAAGUCCGGGCGCAACGCCGACGACUCCGAGUGCAAGUACGUGGUGUGGUUCCCCUGCAACGGGCUCGGCAACCGCAUGCUCACCAUAGCCUCCACCUUCCUCUACGCUCUGCUCACCGACCGUGUGCUCCUCACCCACGUCGCGCCGGAGCAGGAGGGCCUCUUCUGCGAGCCGUUCCCGGGCAGCUCGUGGGUGCUCCCGGGGGACUUCCCGGAGAACAACCCCCACAAGCUCCACAUUGGCGCGCCGGAGAGCUACGCCAACAUGCUCAAGAGCGGCGCCGUCCGCAACGACGACCCCCGCAGCGUGCCGGCGUCGUCGCUGCCGCCCUACGUCUACCUCCACGUCGAGCAGUUCCAGCUGAAGCUCUCCGACAACGUCUUCUGCGACGAGGACCAGGCAAUGCUGAGCAAGUUCACCUGGAUGAUCCUCAAGUCCGACAGCUACUUCGCGCCGGCGCUGUUCCUGACGCCCAUGUUCGAGGAGGAGCUCGCGAGAAUGUUCCCGCAGAAGGAGGCCGUGUUCCAUCACCUGGGACGGUACCUCUUCCAUCCGACGAACAGGGUCUGGGGGAUCAUCAGAAGAUACUACGAAGCGUACCUUGCCAGAGUGGACGAGAAGAUCGGGUUCCAGAUCAGGAUCUUCCCGGAGAAGCCGAUCAAGUUCGAGAACAUGUACGACCAGCUGACGAGGUGCAUCAGGGAGCAGCGGCUGUUGCCGGAGCUCGGCACCGUCGAGCCGCCGGCGAACACGACGUCCGGCGAGGCCGGGAAGGUGAAGGCCGUCCUGAUCGCGUCCCUGUACUCGGGGUACUACGAGAAGAUCCGGGGCAUGUACUACGAGAGCCCCACCAAGACGGGGGAGAUCGUGGCGGUGUUCCAGCCGAGCCACGAGGAGCAGCAGCAGUACACGUCGAACGAGCACAACCAGAAGGCGCUGGCGGAGAUCUACCUGCUGAGCUACUGCGACAAGAUCGCGAUGAGCGCGUGGUCCACCUUCGGGUACGUCGCCUACAGUUUCGCCGGCGUGAAGCCGUGGAUCCUGCUCCGGCCGGACUGGAACAAGGAGGUCUCCGAGGUGGCGUGCGUCCGGUCCCCGUCCGUGGAGCCGUGCCUGCACUCGCCGCCCCUGCUCGGGUGCAGGGCCAAGAGGGACGUCGACGUGGCCGCCGUCAAGCCGUACGUCCGGCACUGUGAGGACGUCGGGUUCGGCCUCAAGCUGUUCGAUAGCUGACUUUGAGUGGGCAGCCGUUCGAUCAGAUUGUUCCUCUUUCAGAAAUCAGAACUGCGUACGCCGUGGAGUAAGUAGUAGGCCUUUUGGAGAUUCGUUGUAUUCGUUUCCGGUACCUAGUUACCUGUACAAGUGGAAGUUGCAGAGAUGGCUUUCUGCAUUGUAUUCAAAUUCGUUCAUCAUAAAACAACUCGUAUAUACUGCUCCUUCCGUUCCAAAUUGUAGAUUGUUUUAGUCUAUUUAGGUUCAUUAAUAUUAUUAUGCAUCUAGAUAUAGCGUAUGUCUAGGUGCAUAAUAAUAUCUAUUAACCUAAAAAAUCAAAACGACCUACAAUUUGGAACGGGAGGGAGCAUGAUAGAGACCAGUCGAGAUGUUAACUUUCAUUCUCGUACAGUUACCAACUGGAAUACAAAUUGUUUUUUUUU